AUGGCUCCGGUGCCCAAAAACACAAACCAUCCUCCUCCUCCGACUCCGACGACGAAUCUCUCCGAUGACUACCCUCAUGAACUCUCCUCUUUCCUCCACCGCCACCCACUGACUCACAUGAUCCGCAACCCCUUAGUUCCCUCUCGGACCCGCCGGAUCUGCGACGUUUGCCGUGAAUCCAUCCACGACAAUUUCUACCACUGCAAAGACUGCCAUUUCCACGUCCACUCAUUUUGCACCCGCGUCCCCGACAAACUCCGCCACAUCAGUGAUCGCAACCAUAAGCUCCGCCUCUACAAGCUCUCCUCCGGCCACUGUUCCAUUUGCAAAGAAGAUUGUUCUUCUCUCUGGGUUUAUGGCUGCAGCGUUUGUGAAGUCAAUAUCCAUCUCAAUUGCCUUCGAAGAUCGAUCGCCCGCUCGCCUUCUGGCUCACGUGGGAUACACCACCAUGCUCCGCCGCCGUGGGCGACGGGGCCACCCCAACCUCAAUUUCAUGGUUGGGGGUAUCCGAAUUAUAAUCAUCAUCAUCAGAUGAAUCAUGGUGGACAUGGAAAUGGAGGUAAUUCCUCGUCAUCAUCGAGCUUGGGAUCGGUGUUUGGCAGUACAAUGUUUUCACUGGUUCAGAGUUUGGCGAUUGGUGCUCUCACUGAUUUUAUUUUCGGUUCCAUUGGUUUUUAA